AUGUCAUCAACAUCCUUCUCGACCGAUUCAAACACCUCCAUACAUGUUCGCAUCACACACCCCUCCAAGCAUUUCGAUAAACCGCUCCUGGUCUUCCUGCAUUACUGGGGCGGCACCUCGUCGACAUGGUACAAGCUUACCUCGCCUGAGACAUCGACUUCUCUCGCACACGAAUAUCCGACUGCUGCCGUUGACCUUCGUGGAUGGGGCAAAUCAACUGGACCGCUCGACGAUGAACGGGCAUACUCUAUCGCCGCGAUGGCGGCUGACGUCGCAUCGGUCUUGCUGCAGGUGUAUCAGGAUGCCGCCAACGGAAGGCUUCUUGCCAACGGCUUUGUAUUGGUUGGUCAAUCGAUGGGCGCAAAGGUCGCACUCGCUACUCUAUCUGCCCUUUCAGACAAUCUCCUGAAGGCACUCAAGGGCAUCGUACUCGUUGCACCAGCACCUCCCACACCCCUCAUUCUUCCAAACGAAAUGAAGGAACAACAGAAAGUCGCGUACAAGACUGCAGAGUCUGUCCGCUGGACCAUCACCAACGUCCUCGCCAUUGCCGAGAACCUAAACGAAACAGACCUGGAAAUGGUGGUUCGUGACAGCCUCUCCGGAAACCCUUUAGCAAAGGCCGCUUGGCCCGGCUACGCAAUGGAGGAGGAUGUUUCCCAGGAUGUGAAGAAAGCCCUUGCUACCUUGGCUGCAGGCGUUCGGGUUCGUGUUUUGGCCGGGGAAUUCGAUAUCGUUGAGCCAAAGGAGCGAGUGGAGAGGGAGGUUUGUCAGUUUCUGGAGGAUGCCGGGGCAGAUGUCUCAUUCCAAGUUGUCGACGGCGUCAAGCAUUUGAUUCCGUUGGAGAGACCCGACGCGAUCUAUGAAGCGGCUGUUGGUCUAUAG